CACUAAACACCCUAUCGCCUGUGGCUAUGUCGAUCUGUCUGAGCAGUUUCAGUCGGCCAAUCAGGUGUGAGCUCUGCUCCUGAUAAAAAUGCUGCCGUCGUCUGUGCUGCCACACUCCGCCCUGCUGCUCCACCGACAACCAGCCACACACAGGUGUGAAGUCGCCCCCUCAUCAUGUCAGACUCCAGGAGAACUGUAGAAGACGCAAGAGUCAACUUUCAGACCUGCAAAAGUCCAAAUGCAAAAGAUCGGGUUAAGUUCUACGACACCUGGGCAGAAACCUACGACAAGGACCACAGCCUGGUGAGCUACAGAGCUCCACAUCUGGCAGUAAACUUUCUGUCUGAGAACUUCACCGGGACUCCUGAGGAGGCUCUGGUUCUGGACGUGGCCUGUGGGACCGGAUUGGUCGCUAAACUGAUGGUUGAACUGGGCUUCAGACGCUUCAUGGGAGUGGACGGCAGUAAAGGCAUGUUGGACCAAGCUGCUGAGAGCGGCCUCUAUCAGGACCUGAACCAGGCCUUACUGGGAUCAGAUCCACUGCCUGCACAGCCUGGUGCGUUUGAUGUGGUGAUGAUCAUCGGUGCUUUGCGUCCUGGUUUUGUGCCAGUCAGCGUCAUCAAGGAGAUCUACCAAGCUGCCAAACCAGGAGCCUACAUUUGUAUGUCGAGAGUCGAUCCCAGGUCCGAGGCUGGAGACGAAUACAAGGUGUCAAUGGAGCAGGAACUGCAGCUGAUGGAGGACGAGGGUCUGUGGACUCUGGUAGCUACUAAAGAGAUGCACAGAUACAUGUUAAAUUUUUACCAAAAUUAUAAUGAAGGAGAGCAGAACGAGCACUACCUCAAUGGCACCAUGUACCUCUACAGGAAGUCACAUAAUGAGAGUUAAACUGCAGCUUUUACAUUUGGGAUUUGGACUAAAAAUGUAAUCAACGACUCAUAUUAAAUCAACGUUUUCAUGAUGACACCAAUAGGCCUUUUAAUAUUUUGAUGUUUAGAACUAAGAAAUGUUUCUAAUAUGGAGAGGAAAAUUGCAUAGUUUCUAAUGUUGACAUGAAUCCUCCAGAGUUUGUGCCUGAAAGAACAUUUGACAUGAUCCAACUAAUAAAUGUAGAAAACUC